AUGAUAAAUAUAAUCCAAUAUCCUCAAGACACUCAUUUUGUUAAACCUCUUUUUCUAAUAGGUUUAGGAGUUACUAUUCAUGAGGUACUUAAUGAAGUUUGAAGCAAUAUUAGAUUCUUACAUAUCCAAUAGAUAGAGUUAUAUCAAGAAUGAUUGCAAAAUGUCCAUUUUAAAAUUAAUCAUUUUCAGAAUAAUUAAAAUAAAUUAAGGUAGCUGAAUCAUAUAAAGGAUUAUAUAAAGGAUUUCGUACAUCAUUUGAUAGAUCAAUAAUAUAGAAUCUUUCAUUUUAUUUUUGUUUCUAAUAUUUCUUUUUAAGAUAUGGUUUGGAGUUUUAUGGUAAAACAAGAGUUGAAGUUAAAGAUUAACCAUAUUUGAAAUUUUGUGAAAAUGCAAAAUUUUAUUUAAUAGCAUUAGGAUCAGCAACAAUUUCAACUAUAUUUUGUUAACCUAGCAAUAUUGUUAAUCUAAAAUUACAAUGUGAAUAAUUGGGAUUACCACCUAAGAAAUAUUGGGAUAAUAUGAAGCAUUUAGAUGAAAUAAUGUAAUAUCAUAAUUAAAAAUUUCUAAUUGCCUUCACACCUGGAUUUAAAAGUAAAACUUUAUUAACAUUUUGUUAAUUUGUUACUGAAAUAACUAUAUUUUAAUAAUUGUUAUAUUUAUAAGGAUAUCAAUUCAUGAAUAAACCAUUUAACAUUUAAAGUAAUUAAAAUAAAAAUAGUCAUUUACUUGGAGCAUUAGCAACUAGUUUAUUAAUACCUAUAGUAUUCCAUCCUUUAAAUUUCUUAUAAAAGAGAUAUACAAUUAGAAAAUUAUAAAAUAUGAAAUUAUUAUAACCUUAUGAGAUGUUAAUAAAAGUAUUAAUUUAGAUUUCAUUACUUAGGAUAUCUAAAAGUUUUCUAAUUUAUAUUGUGGAUUUGGAGCUGAAAUAUUUAGAUAUAGUACAAGGAGUAUGUUGAUAUUUUAUUUGAUUUGGAAUUCAGCCAAUUAAAAAACAAAAUAUUGA